CCAUCGCCGUUCAUUCGCAGUGCCUGAUCGCCACGUGACCGUCCCGAUAGUCCAACUGCGCAGAGCUUCAAGUCGUUGCAUCAAGACUCUCGUCUCGUCUAUCGUGUCGGCAGAAUGAUCACUUCGUUUGCACGAAUUGGCAGCUCUGCGACUGUCCUGCACAGAAGUUUUAAUUGUUGGACGGCGGCAAUUACGAAGAAGCACAGACCGGUAUACGAACGGACGUAUCCUACAACACUUGUUCUUUCUGAUGGGAGUAGUAUAGAGAUCGAAUAUCAUGAGCCGCGGAAGAUAAUAGUCCUACCAUUAAAUCUCGCGGAACUCACAGAGGUCGAAAAGAAGAAGAGACUCGAAAUGCGUAAGCCGAAAACUAAAAUAGUUAUAACCGAGGAAUUUGAGGAUAGCUUUGAUGAGAAUAGAUAUCUCAAUUUUAACAAGUGAUUACAUCUCAGCAUUUGAAUUUUUGUGUAUUAUAAAUAUUAUUACGUGAAAAUAUAUAUUGAUAAUCCAUUGAAACCU